GUUGCUUUACUCAUUCAGUUACUUCUCCCUCUCUCUCUCUCUCUCCCUAUCUCUCUAUAACUACUUUCGCAAUCCUCUUUUUCCCUUCAAUUCGUGUGCUUUGAAUAUGGCUUUGGAGGCUAUGAAAUCUGCGGCCGUUGUCACGCCGCCGCUCCCGCCGGUGCCCGGCGUCGAGGUUGAUGAUGUUAAUGGAUUCAAGAAGAAGCGGACUAAGAGGCCUCGUGGCGAUGAAACCCCCGCGCCGCCGACUGAGGAGGAGAGGUAUUUGGCUUUGUGUUUGAUCAUGCUGGCCCGCGGCGAGGACCCGAGCCGUCACCGUGACGCGCCGCCGGAGGCGAAGGUUGUGAUUAAGGAGAAGGAAACGCUGCUGCUGCCGCCGCCGCCGCAGGCGGCGGCGGCGGAAGCGCCUCACGAGCAAUUGUAUAAGUGCAGCGUUUGUAAUAAGUGUUUUCAUUCUUAUCAAGCACUUGGUGGGCAUAAGGCGAGCCACCGGAAACUGAAUUCCGCCACCGCUUCUGACGACAACAACAAUCCCUCGCCGUCGAAUUCCGCCGCCGGAGGCGGCGGCGCGUCUCACUCCUCCGUCCUCAAUCCGACCGGUAGGGCUCACGAGUGCAACAUCUGCCACAAAUCCUUCCCCACCGGGCAAGCCCUAGGCGGGCACAAGCGGCGCCACUAUGAAGGCAACCUCGGCGGCUCCGCCGCCAAUCGCGACGGUGGUUCUGCUCCCAGCGGAAGCGCGGUCACCUCCUCUGAAGGCGGUGUGUCAAGCCACGCGCCGCGUCCCUUUGACCUGAACCUCCUCCCCUCCACCGAACUACAACUCGGGCUGAGCGUUGACUGCUCCGUAAAAAGUCAACGCCCCGGUGAUCAAGAAGUGGAAAGCCCCAUGCCCGCCAAGAAACCGCGUCUAUCCUUCCCCUUCGACUGGGAUCUCCGACCAAACAGCAAUUCUUGAAAAAAGAAAAACAAAAAUCAAUUCUUUUUAGCCUCCCAGAAAUCCCAAUGAUUGAUUGAUCUCAUAUACUUACUUUCAAUAUUAAUUAGCAGCACCCUUUUAUGUACAAGGAGUUAAUUACUCAUAUAGUCAUAUUGAUUCUUAACUCUCUGAUCUCUCUUUGUUAAUCAUUCAUUAAUUCAAUUGAUAUUGAAAUACUAUUCCUUUUUAUUA